AUGGCGCCUGGUACUCUUGCAAACGCUACUCAUUCCACAAGCGCUUCGCUGUGGCCUACUGACUCGUUGAAGCAGCAUAUCGCUGCGCAGCAGAACGGACAAACUGCCCUGAAGGGCGCCAAUGUAGCUCCAUACAAGCAGCAUGUCCCUAUCGUUGCCGGUAAGGAGCCCGUGGAGGACUACGAGGGCAACUAUGUUUUUGCCGACAUCAAGGAGUCUCACACUAGCCGUGCCAUGACGGCUCGCUACUACAAGGACAUGAUGGACGCCGCUGUCUCCGAUGUGGUCGUUAUCGGCGCAGGCAGCGCUGGUCUUACGUGUGCCUACACGCUUGCCAAGAACCGUCCUGACCUUCGCAUCACUGUCUUGGAGGCUGGUGUGGCUCCGGGUGGUGGUGCUUGGCUCGGUGGCCAGCUCAUGUCGGCCAUGGUCAUCCGCAAGCCUGCACACACUUUGCUGGAGGAGCUUGGUGUGCCGUUUGAUGACGAGGGCGCUUAUGUGGUUGUCAAGCACGCCGCCAUGUUCACGUCGACCAUUCUCUCGAAGCUGCUGAUGAUGCCGAACGUGAAACUCUUCAAUGCCACGUGCUGUGAGGACUUGAUCAUCAAGAAGGACAAUGAGGGUACGCAGCGCGUGAACGGUGUGGUCACCAACUACACUCUGGUGACCAUGGCCCACGGUCUUCAAAGCUGCAUGGACCCGCAGACAAUCACAGCUCCUGUCUUGUGCUCUUUUGCCGGUCAUGACGGUCCGUUUGGUGCUUUCACGGUGAAGCGUCUGGCUGGUGCUGGUCUGCUCAACCUCGGCGACAUGCACCCCAUGGAUAUGAAUCAGUCCGAGGGCCUGAUUGUGAACAACACGCGUGAGAUCUUCCCAGGUGUGGUUGUGGGUGGUAUGGAGCUCAGCGAGUUGGAUGGUCAUCCCCGCAUGGGUGCCUCGUUCGGCGGUAUGCUGGCCAGUGGUCAGAAGGCUGCCUAUGAGGCCAUCAAGGCCUACGACAAGCUUGAGAUUGUUGAGGGUGAGGUUAUCGGCAAACGCUCCACCUAA